GCAAAAUGCAACUGCCCAGCGUAAUUUUGUGCGUUCUUAUAGUUGUUACAAUAGCCCUAGCUCAGGUUCCGCAGGACUUCGGCCAGCUUCUUCGAGCCCACACGCAAUGCCAAUCCACAGCGAGAAUAUCCCCAACAGCGAUAAACAUCAACGAACUCUCUUCGGGCAAUUUCCCCAACGAUCCGGCCUUCAAAAGACACUUGCUUUGCAUCAAUAAAGCGCUGGGCAUCCAGGAUACUAACGGUAAUUUGCAAAUAAACGCCAUUACUCGAUUGGCUACAGCUAUGGCACCGCCUGGAACAAACAGGAAUACUAUCCAGGAAGUUGUUAAUAGAUGUGCAGUACAAAGAAGAGAUGAAGAAGAAACAGCUUAUCAAACAGAUAGCUGUUUGUUGCAAGCUAGAAGAUUAUAUUCUGGUAAAUAAAAUAGUAAAAAUAGUAG